GCUCCGUAUCGCGUCACUGCGCGGCGCCGGCGCGUGCAGCCGCCAUGGCCGACAUGGAGGAGCUGUUCGGCAGCGACGCCGACUCGGAGGCCGAGCAGAAAGAUACUGAUUCUGGCUCAGAUUCCGACUCCGACCAGGAGAACGUGGGCUCCGGCAGCAACGCCUCGGGCAGCGACAGCGAGCAGGAUGAUGAGCAGGAGGCAGCAAAGCCCAGCAACAAGGAGCUGUUCGGAGACGACAGCGAGGACGAAGGAGCCUCCCAUCACACGGGCAGCGACAACCACUCCGAGAGGUCGUACAAUCGCUCCGAAGCUUCGGGGCACUCUGAGCAUGAAGACAACGAUCAGUCGGAUGUGGACCAGCACAGCGCUUCAGAAGCUGCUCAUGAUGAUGAGGAGGACGAGCGGGGACACGGCUCUGAUGAGGGCAGUCACCAUUCUGAGGGAGAUGGUUCAGAAAAGGCCCAUUCGGAGGAUGAGAAGUGGGGCAAGGAGGACAAAAGCGAUCAGUCAGACGAUGAGGAGCGACAGCAGAACUCUGAUGAUGAGGAGAGACAGCAGAACUCAGACGAUGAGGAGAAAGCACAGAACUCUGAUGAAGAUGAGAGGCCUCAGAUGUCUGAUGAUGAGGAGAGGCUCCAGAACUCGGAUGAGGAAAAGAUGCAGAACUCUGACGACGAGGAGAGGCCACAGGUGUCAGACGAGGAGAAGAUGCAAAACUCAGACGAUGAUGAAAGAGCCCAGCACUCCGAUGAGGAGAAGAUGCAGAACUCUGAUGAUGACGAAAGGGCACAGCAUUCUGAUGAGGAGGAGCAGGAGCAUAAAUCUGGAGAGUCUGCAAGAGGCAGCGAUAGUGAAGAUGAAGUCUUGCGAAUGAAGCGAAAGAAACCGAUUGCAUCAGAUUCAGAGGUGGACAGUGAUACAGAAGGCCAGAAAGAACACGCAGAUGUCAUGGACCUGUUUGGAGGAGCAGAUGACAUUUCUUCAGGGAGCGACGGGGAAGACAAGCCACCAACUCCAGGACAGCCUAUUGAUGAGAAUGGGCUGAGCCAAGAACAGCAGGAGGAAGAGCCUAUUCCAGAGACAAGAAUAGAGGUAGAAAUACCAAAAGUAAACACAGAUUUGGGUAACGAUUUGUACUUUGUGAAGCUGCCCAACUUUCUCAGUGUGGAGCCCAGACCAUUUGAUCCCCAGUAUUAUGAGGAUGAGUUUGAAGAUGAGGAGAUGCUUGAUGAAGAAGGGAGAACGAGAUUAAAACUUAAGGUAGAAAACACAAUACGGUGGCGGAUGCGGCGAGAUGAGGAAGGGAAUGAGAUCAGAGAAAGCAAUGCCCGCAUCGUCAAGUGGUCGGAUGGAAGCAUGUCUCUCCACUUGGGAAAUGAGGUCUUUGAUGUGUACAAGGCACCGCUGCAGGGAGAUCACAACCAUCUGUUUAUCAGACAAGGGACCGGUCUGCAAGGACAGGCUGUUUUCAAGACCAAGUUAACCUUCAGGCCACACUCUACAGACAGUGCCACGCACAGGAAGAUGACUCUGUCUCUGGCAGAUAGGUGUUCAAAGACCCAGAAAAUUCGUAUUUUGCCAAUGGCAGGUCGUGAUCCAGAGUCUCAGCGCACAGAAAUGAUUAAGAAAGAAGAGGAGAGAUUAAGAGCUUCCAUUCGCAGAGAAUCUCAGCAGCGAAGAAUGAGGGAGAAGCAGCAUCAGCGUGGUCUGAGUGCAAAUUACUUAGAACCCGAUCGCUACGAAGAAGAGGAUGAGGGAGAUGAUGCAAUCAGUCUAGCAGCUAUCAAAAACAGAUACAAAGGUGGCAUCAGAGAGGAACGAGCUAGAAUCUACUCUUCAGACAGUGAUGAAGGCUCAGAUGAGGAUAAAACACAAAGACUACUCAAGGCGAAGAAACUGACGAGUGAUGAGGAAGGGGAGCCUUCUGGAAAGAGAAAAGCAGAGGAUGAUGACAAAGCGAGUAAGAAGCAUAAGAAGUAUGUCAUCAGUGAUGAAGAGGAAGAUGAUGAUGAUUAACAUUGAGGGAGCACUAAAGUUGAUUUUAUAUAUACAUAUUUAUAUAUAAAUUGUACAGUUCUCUUACAACAAAGAUGUAAGUAGCCAUAUUGGGGUUAUUUUGAUAAAGGAAAAUUCCAUUGAAAUUUGUGUUUCUGGUGUGAAUAAAAGUUGGUUUCUUUCUUUUUUACUUUCUCAUAUUUUUACAUCUUAUCUUACUGCAGCAGCAGCUGCAAUGGGGAUCAUCACAGCACCAGGUUUUAAAUCUUGUACAGUGCAUUUCAGUUUUGAAAACUGUAGUACAAACUGGUUGUACAACUGAAUAAAAGUGAAUAAAUUGGUGGUCUUACUGAGUUUAUUAGAAGAAAUCAUAACCUUCAUAUAGAAUGCUUAAAUUGUAAGUUUUCCCAGAGGUUAUGGAGGUGAAGGUUACCAUUUGUACAGAAGAUUUGGAGUAACACAUGAGUGCUACAGCACCAUACUGUUUUUUCCUCGCUUUCCUUAUUUUCUGCUGGCUGUGGACAUACUACAUGCAUUACUAUGCUGUUAUAUUUUGAUAUUUUUGACUGAAUGUAUUUCUUAUCAUGUCUACUCUGAGUAAACUGUGAAGUUUCUGUAGUUAGAAUAGUGAACCAACCACGUAAGAUGUUUAUUUUUCCACAAAUCGAACAAAAAUCCACGUCUCUGAGUGUUAGCAUUAAUAACAGUCACAUUAGCGAUGUAAAUGUCAGAAUAGAAGCACUUGUUUAUAGAAAACUAAUGAAUUUCUGCAAGGUCAUGAAAGACUUCUUGAACAACUGCAGUGAACUGCACUCAUACAUAUCCUAGUAAUACCAUUUUGUAACCUCAUACAAGCCUUAUGAUGCAUUUUCCUGUUGUUACUGGUUGGCUGAAAAGACGAUGGAGGAGAAUAUUGUGGACAGAAUCAUUGCUGCUUUAAUGCUAUUUUUAAACACCUUAUUUGAUUAUGCAAAUAGCAUUGCAAAAUGAGAGGCUACAAGAAAUGUCUCAUCUUUUCCACUCUUUAAGAUUAUGUUUCCCAUGUGUAGUUUCCCUUGUUGGUGAGAUAGCAUUUCCAUGUUAUCUGUGUUGUUUUUUAACUGGCUUUUGACAGUCCUAGAAAGCUUGCAACUUCAUAGAGACAGCAGGAAGCAAGCAGAAAGCAUAGCUUAAUGCCUCUUUAAAUGCAUUGAGUGGUGCUAUGGAAAGUUUGCUGUGUGGAUUGAUGUUUCGUAAGAUAAAGUAGCUAACAGUUAUGUAAGAAUGAAUGUUACUUAUCUUUCUCCUGCCCAGAUGAAUUAUGCUUUUCUAUAAAAACUGUUGAGUUACAGCUUUUAACCUGGCUGUCUUGCCUUUGAAAUGUGUAAUUAGGCAAACAGUUUGCUGAAGUAAACUACCUCCAUUUUUCCUGCCUGGAAGGUGUGGGAAGCAUUCUAGCUGCAGAGCACAGAGCUCUGCGCACGUUAAUAUAUUCUGCUCAGCAGCUGACUGCGGUGCAGACACUUGCAAAUAUGAAAACAAAGUGAAAAAUGUCUACUCUGAAGUCUGAGUGCCUGAGAAACUGUUCUUGUUUUUCUUUUGUAAUUGUUUCUAAGAGUUUCUGCCUCUCUUCCCUGUGCAGAUAAAACCUUUCUCCAUCUGCUCAGAUUUUGACCCUGAAAUCCUCUUAGGUUAGACCUCUGCUGGGAGUCUGGCUCCUCACACAUGGUUACCUGCUUUUCUGUUGUAACCUGCUCAGGAAGAAGCCAGCUGUAGAAAAAGGGAGUUGUUUCUUGUGCUGUGUGGAUGCUAGACUUUCUUGUCAAAGUCUCCCAGGUACCUCCUAAGCAGCAAUGCAAAGUGUAUGGAAGCACACCACCAUUUCACUGCUGAUGUAUUGCUUAAUGUCAGUUUAAUUGAAGCAUAUCUGAAGCAUAUCAGAAGGUUCGAUGCUGACUAAGCCUUUGCUUAGUAAGUGGGCUGCUUUACCUUCCAAAAAUGAGGCUUUUGUGGAUUUAAAAGAUUAAAAGUAGUGGGUUUUUUUCUGCUGUCUUCCUUUGUAAAUUGCUCUUUUAAAGUCUUAUUAAAACAUGGAAUUUUAGAAAGUGUUUUCUCAGCCUAAAUUGGUUUAACAAUCACCUUUUAAUUAAAAGUCGCUUGAAUGAA